AUGUCAGAGCCAGUGGAGGUCCGUAUCAACGAAAAGCCCGUCUUUGAGGAGGUGGACGCGGAAAUUGUGGUUAUCGCAGGAUGUGCGUUGGGUUUUGUUUCAACGACGUCGCCACCACACGUCUUGCACAUCGAGAGCGGGAGCAUCCUUGAUAAACAUGGAAUCGGCAUGGACGACAUUCUUCUUAGGGUACAACAGACUUCAUUUAAUGUUGUUUUUCUUAUUUAUCACGACGUAGUUCCAUUUCCAUAGAUGUGGUUUUAGCAGGUAUGCUUUCUAGUUUUUGGAGCACUGGUCCCUGCCUGGCAUGACCGAUCUGAAAAAACGAAAAUGAUCUACAUGGUGCGGAGUUAAUUUAGAUCGUAGUUUUGUUCUCAUCAGUGUUUGUCAUGUGGUUUCAAAAACAAAUCUGUGUAUCUCAACUCGCAUUUUCAAAAAAACAGGUAAAUGGGACGAAUGUCGGCAACCCAUUCCUAGGAAAGGAGCACAUUAUGAAGCUCUUAACCGAGAAGCUGCCUCUCACGCUUUCAUUUGUAUUACUACUUACUUAGCUGAUGAUCAAUAUGAUUAGGCUUCACGUUCACACUUUUGCUUACUUUGUGUCGGUAGGUAAGUUAACUUUUCGUUGUCAAAAAAACGCACCGAUUUCCUUUCCUGGAAGGAUGAACGCGUACGCGAAUUCAAUUGUUACGGGAUUUAUUUGUUGUGAUUUUGAACAGGUAAAGCCGCAGGACGCUGCGCAGUAUCUUCCAAACUACAAAGGGGGCGACGAAGAAGAGGAGGCACCGGAACCACCAGUAGUGAAGAAAGAAAAAAAGCGACGAAAGAAAAGCAACCAGACUGUAGAGUCAGAGUCUCCAGCCCCGCCACAAAGAGAGUAUACUUUCUUUUUAAAUAUACUCCUGGCUGACGAUAAUUUUCUGAAUAAAUAGUUCGGCAAUCGAAAUCGCAGAUGAAGUUGAAAAAUGGAUAAUCUGUUACCGGCGGAUUUAGUUGUUAAAGCCUUCACGUUCACCUGAACCCUCGUCUAAUCAGGGAUUCAAUCUCUCUUAUGAAUAUAUAUUUCCUGCAUCAACAAUCUCAGACCCCGCGGUCCGUUCGAGGACAGCGACGACGAGGCGAACAGGGAAGGCAUUCGCGACAGUUGGACAAUUAAGCACAGCGAUCACAAGAAUACCGGUGGCGUUGUGCUGGUAAUUAUUUCCUCCGAUAACUGAGAUCAUAUAGAUAUGUAGAUGGUUUUUAUAGUUCGCACUCACGUAUCGCACAAUGAUGUUUGUUUCAGAAGCACAGAAAAGCGUGUAACUAAUCGAUGCAUAUUCAAUCUCAAUCUCUAUUAUUUUUCGUGACUUGCAGCCAUAGUAGUUCUAGUCGUGGCCAUGCAUUAUAUCACUUUCGUCCCCUCAGGUCGAGCGAAAGAAUGUGGCAGCUGCUAACCAGGGUAUGCAAGUAGGCGGUGUGUGGAUGCCCCCAGGAAGGGUACCCACAUACUUGCAGCAGCCUGGUAAAGGUGGGAUCAAUUUGCAGCCAGCUCCUCACCACCAGCAGCAGCAUAUUAUCCUUACACCAGCCGCGAACGUCAAUAAGGGUGGAGCCUCCUCAUCAUCCGCACCGGCUGCGCCAGGGGAAGCUACCGGUACGAAGAAACUUGAUCGAUUUUUUUGUUACCAAUACCAUUCGUUACCAAUACCAUACUUAUGAAAAUUAUUAUCGUCGGGGGGACCCCAUAGCGAAUAAACCGGCACCCUACAGCGAGUAAACCUGUGCACACAACCAGACAGCUGAGCACUCACCGGAGGCGUUGCGCAGGGCUCCGGCCUGCCGUCGAAGGUGAGACCUAUGGGGCUGACGGGACUACGAAAGCGCCAGCCUCUUCUUUUUUUAACUUUUCUCGGUUUUUGUGUUUUCCUAGUUAGGUCUGGUCUGCUAGCUCCACCACGAAAAUUAUUAUCGUCAGGGAGCGUUUCUCAGGUUCAUAGAUGUGAAAUUCAAAUUUAUGAAUUUUUUUCAACUGCUACGACCUCGUGGUCGUGCUGUUCCCCAACUUCAAAUUUUUGCUUAGAAGCAAUAAUCGAAGGAACGAAUGUAAAAACAACUACAGACACGAUUUUGCUGCAGCAGCUGCCGCCGCAUCUGCGUAGUUUAGUGGCAUUGACGCCGCAUCUCGCCCAAAUGGGUUUCGCAGACGUGAAGAAUAUGCGAGCUAUGAGCUCAAAUACGGCUAUGGCAGUUGCCUUUCCGACUGCGGCACGAGCGAGUGAGUGUCUAGCGGCCAUUAACGCACUUGGCGGCUUCGCAGGUGACCCGAAUAUUAAGGCAAGACCCUAUUUCAAGGGCCGACACAAAGGAGGCCGAGGGGGCAAGAAUGAUGGCGCCGGCGGCGGCCAUAAAGGCGACGGCGGAAACUGGAACGCAGAAAAGGGCGGCGAUGCCGCAGCAAACGGCGCGGCCGCAGACGCGGACCAGAAGCCCGCAACAGGCCAGAAAACAGAUAAGUUCGAGAAUCAAACGCUAGAAUCAGCGGAACUAGCCGCUAAACGGGUCGAAAAGCAGACAGUCGACGAGAAGAAGAAAGUGCUCAUAGGUAUCAUCUACAAAUGUAAAUGCCGAUUCGAGGUCGUUUUCAUAGAUGCACGACUGCUACUUAUGAUCAGUGAGGUUAGUAUAGGAGGAUCGUCUGAGGCGUCACGGUGAUGGUGAUAAGUAAAAAACCUUGAAUACACUUACUACGCUGCCAAUUCUUCCCGUUCUAGUUACUAAAUACUAGUAAAUGCUGAAUUCGACUUCGACAUCUCUGACAGGUCAUGUUACAGAGCGUAUGCAGCAGGUGAUGAAGAGACUUCAGGAGCCAUCGUUGAAGCCAGACCAUAAGGCGAAGUAUGAGAAUAUCCUCACACAGUUGAAGAACAAGCUAACCUCACUCUCAGCUCUGCCGAAGCGAAAGACCUACUCGGAGCAGGUAGAUCUGAUAUGAUAAAUCUUCUUAUUCAUGAUCUUUUCUUCUUAUUCUGAUAUGAUAAAUCUCUUUUCAUCUUGUUUUACAGAUGCACUGUGACAGAUCAUUCUGAGGACCAUCUUCGUCGUAGAUGCACCACAGAUCAUUCUUUUUCUUACGACCAUCGUAGGAGCGACGACGAAGUUCGUUUCGAAUAAACUCAUUCAAGACUCCACGAAACUACACCAAAGAAAAGAAAAAGAGAACACAUGUCUUUCGUAAAUCACAGGUUGCAGAGAUUCAAGCAGCUCGUAGCUUCACAGAUAUGAAGGGCAGCCCCGAGCCACCAGAGCCCAAGAGUGAGACAGUCGAGUUGAAAAUUCAUCUAAAGGAGGCUGCGAACGUUACGGCAGACACUCCUGCUGAUGCGACUUUGUUGUCUCAACUGGGUAUAGACUCAGCAAGCGUAGCCUCCUUCAGUUGGAUGGAGGCCCCAGUUGCACCUACUGAGGCUACAAAAGGUACUAGACUUUGCUGAUCAUCUUGUUGUUCUUGAUGUUGACAAUUUAUUAAAACAUAUUCAGUGUUGUCUUAUUUUUCUUCUUACCUUCAAAAUUUUGAAAGUUCUCCCACCCCCAUGAUGUCAGGUCGCGGCGAUCUCCCUCUAGACCAGGCGCUCCCGACGCUGACACUGCGACUCCCCAAUAUGGCUGUUGCGUCAAAAGUAAUGGCGCAGGUCGACGACUCAUCGAGUUACGCAGUUACACCAAUGCUGGAGUCACCGCAGCACACUGCAGUAGCGAAUCCGGAGUACAACUAUUCCGGGAUGGACCAGUAGCAACAGUUUAGGAGUACGAGUCGCGGAGGAGCAGAAGCUUGUGGGCAACUUUAGCUUUAUACGAUGUUGCUUUUGGGAGCAGGAAUAGUAGUCGCGUAUCACUGGUGGAUAAUCUUCGACCUGCAUUAGAACAAGGAUGGCUGCUGCAGUGGGCGAAGAGGCUCACUAAGGGACACUCUGAUGCGCAGAUGUAUCUGCUACAAAUUUUUAGCACCAUGCAAGGCGACAGCACGCAAAACCUUGAUAUUUGUCCUGCGAUUCGGGACUUGAAUAUCUUUUUGCCUUCAGUGGCUUUUUGAGAAUAUCCGUUAUAUUUAAGUAAAGUUGCUACCUACUUCUAUUACAUAUGGCGGGCAAGCAACGCACCAGUGGCAUUGCCCGCGAAACCGCGCUCCCGUGACCCGAUUUAUGUUGUAAUACACGGGCAAAAUACAACACUCGACUUCACUUUUCGCGAUAACACUAUCUUCCUUCAUUUAUAUCAAGCGUGUUUGUUUAAAAAUCAUUCGUACAACAUGAAAAAUAUCAUGAUGCGUUCAAGUAUACAAAAGGAAGCGGAGAAAAAAAAACGAUGACACUUAUAAUUCUAGUUAUCUUAAAAUAGAUUUUGAACAUUUCUUGAGUUAUUCCGGUAUACUACUCAUACUCUUGAUCUUGAAUCGAUUUUUAUCUACUUUUUGUGACAGAACUCGCUCCCGUAAUGAAUUGCUUGAUGCCCCGUUGAAUCCUUUUCCUCGAUUUAAACUCGGAGUGUAUUGAUACCGUCUGUGACGAAGCAGCAGAAAAGAGAAAUUUCAACUUCUUCCAACAGUAAAUUUUUGCUGGGCCUGGGGAUGGAUGUUGCUG